GAGCCCACCAGCCGUCAUUCGUCGGAAUCAUUCGAACUUUGAAAAUGGAUCGGUAGCUGGGAAGGAAACCUGAAGCGAAAUACGCAAAGAAAACGGCUUUUGUCCGCUAUUCAGCGAUUUUUUUUGUGUUGUAAUCAGCAGAGGAAAUUCUACGACCAACUCCGCCCCAACCACACCACCAGCCAGUUCCAGCCACUUCCAGCAGCCACAGAAACAGAAAAAAUAGAGCCCCGCACCAACACCAACACCACUACCGAACACCUCCACCACAACUACAACUACAACUACAACCACAGCAACAACACAACUGCACAGCCAAGCCCACAAAGGAAAGGUGAAACGCAGAGCGCAGAAACAGAAAAUAAACCAAGAUAGCCGAAAAUCCGAAAAACCGAAAAACGCACGGUGCAAAUAGAUAAACCCAUUUUUUGCUUGCGCCCUCCUCUUCGCCCGUGUGCCUAUGUGAUGAGAGAAAUCAGCAGCCACCAUCGAUUACAACAACAUCAACACCAGCGACGACCCAACCACCAGACCUGACCAGCGAGCGAGAGCGGGAGAGCAGCUGCAGAAUCGAAUAGGUUUGCACACCUAGAGAAAGAUAGCAAAGCAGCCGCCGCAUUUCUUGGCAAUUGGAUUAAAAAGCAGAGGAAAACAAAAAACAACCCACGGGCCACCAUUUUGAAUGAGCUGAGAGGGGGCGAGAGAGAGAGAGCGCGAGAGAGCGAGAACUGCUGCUCAUUUGUUGCACCACGCACUGCAGCUGGCCGCGUACCGUAAACCCUUCCAGCUUGGAAAAUCCCCGCUGCAACUGCGACUACAACAUCAUGGUGGAGCAGGAGGAGCCCAAGUCCGGGACAGCUGCCCCCGGGGCGAGUGCAGCGCUGCAGCGUAGCCACGCCGCCAGCACCGCGAGCAACAACAACAACCCCCGAGGAUCCGGGGACAGCGGCAUCCGGAGCGGCAGUGGCAUUUCCUGCAGCAACACGGACAACAGCUGCAGCCAGAGUCAGUCAGACGGGCAGAAUGAGCUGACGCGCUACAGCAGCGAGGAUGUGUCGGGCAAUGAGUCGAGUGAGGCGCCCAACAUGACCGAGAUGGAGCGGCAGGCGGAGCUGAACAGGCACAAGGAGGAGAUGCAGAAGAAGCGACGCAAGAAACGCAUCAGUUCCUCCCUCCAUUCCUCAACGUUCCAAGAGCUGUACAAGCUGACUGGCGAGAUUCUGGGCGAGGGCGCCUACGCAUCGGUGCAAACUUGCGUCAACAUCUACACCGAUCUGGAGUACGCCGUGAAGGUGAUCGAUAAGAUACCGGGGCAUGCGCGUGCGCGUGUCUUUCGCGAAGUGGAGACAUUCCAUCACUGCCAGGGCCAUCUGGGCAUCUUGCAACUGAUCGAGUUCUUCGAGGAUGACGAGAAGUUCUACCUGGUGUUCGAGAAGAUCAACGGGGGUCCGCUGUUGACGCGCAUCCAGGAGCACAUUUGCUUCUCCGAGCACGAGGCAUCGCAGAUAAUCAAGGAGAUCGCCUCCGGACUGGAUUUUCUGCACAAGAAGGGCAUUGCCCAUCGUGAUCUCAAGCCGGAGAAUAUCCUGUGCGUCAAGACGGACUCGCUGUGCCCGAUCAAGAUUUGCGACUUUGAUCUGGGCUCGGGGAUUAAGUUCACCACGGACAUCUCGUCGCCAGCAGCCACUCCCCAGCUAUUGACACCAGUUGGCAGUGCCGAGUUCAUGGCUCCGGAAGUGGUCGACUUGUUUGUGGGUGAGGCUCACUACUACGACAAGAGGUGCGAUCUGUGGUCCCUGGGGGUCAUAGCUUACAUCCUGCUCUGCGGCUACCCGCCGUUUUCGGGCAACUGCGGCGAGGAUUGCGGCUGGAAUCGCGGUGAAAACUGUCGCACGUGCCAGGAGCUGCUUUUCGAGUCCAUUCAAGAAGGACACUUUUCCUUUCCGGAGGCCGAGUGGCAGCAUGUAAGCGAUGAGGCCAAGGACCUGAUUUCCAACCUGCUCGUCAAGCAGGCUUCGGAUCGACUCAGUGCCGAGGCAGUAUUGAAUCACCCCUGGAUUCGUAUGUGCGAGCACGAGCCGCCGGCCAGCAAGCAAUCAGGCCGCCACAAGGCUCUGCAGACGCCCAGCAACAUUCGACGCAAUCACCAGUCGGCUAGGGAGAUCUCGCAGUUUGCCGAAUCGGCCAUGGCCGUCAAGCGCGUGGUCCUGCAGCAUUUCUCGAUGCGCUACGACUACAUGAAGGAGCGCCCGAACAUCUACCAGCCGUCGCAGGCCUACAUGGAUGCCUACAGUGAUGAGAACUACAAUCCCAAGCCGCCGGCUCAUUACACUCGCAAUCGCUCGCAGCGCAACCCGGCCACGUCCCUGUGCAGCUACGGAGGACGCAUGUCCUCGAUGCAUGGCCAGCGGGCCAGCAGCCGUCAGUCCUCGCGGAAUGCCUCUCGCAAUGCUUCGGCAAUUUACCCCAACAGCGGAGGCUUUAAAACACUCAAUGUGCACGAGGAAGAUGACGACGAUGAGGCUCUGGAGGCCUUUGGCCGCAUCGACGACGAUGACGAUGAGUGGGCCAGGUCAACAAGGCAAUACCAGCAGCAGCGCGAGCUGCAGCAGCAGCAGGAAGCGCUGGGCGAAGGUGGUCACUACAGGCGACAGAGUGGAAGCGAGGGCGACGACAUGGAGGAGGAGGAGGAUGGAGAGAGCGAGGACUAUCAGCACUAUAAGCAUUAUUGGCGCGAGUUGGACGAGGACGAGGGCGAUGACUAUCUGUAUGAGCAACAGCAGCAACGCGUCGACGAUAUAGCCGAGGAAGAGGAGGACGAGGAGGAGGUGGAGAAGCUCCUCGAGGAGGAGCAGAAGAAGGAGGAUGAAAAUCAACAAGCUGACAAUCUGAAGCUAUCGAAAGCUUACCUAGAGCAAGUUGGCGAGACCAAUGUGGAGAAAUCGAAGCCACAGCAUGAUAAUGGUUUGUAUGAAAAGGAUGAACUUAUUAUGGAUAAUAAGCAUAUGGAGAAAACAACCCAGCAAAGCGAAUUUGCUAAGCUCACCACAAUGCGCAAAGAUGCGCAGGAGGAGGAGAAUAAGGAGGAGAUUAUGCAGCAGGAGGAGAAGGACAAGGAGACAAAGGAGGAGAAACAGCAGGAUGAUGUUGAUGGGGCUAAGAGGCAAGGACCAUCAAGUGAUAUUAGUGCUACUACCAUCACCGAUAAUAACAAGCAGCAAACACCAGUUAUGACUACAACACAGAUUACCAACUGGCAAACUUGGGAUGCAAAUGAAGAUGAUGAUGUUAAACUAUUGGAUAGUAUUAGUGAUUUAAAUGAAAAGCUACCUGAAAUUUAUGAGACUGCAAAUAUUGUUGUCAACUCAGCGGCAGUGCCAGCAGCAUCAACACCAGCAGCAGCAGCACCAAAAGCAGCACCACCAGCAACAUGCCCACCAACCGAUAAACCAGAGGAAACCAAGGAUUCGAACGAGAUCAAACCGACGACAACUGCUGCUGAGGGGACAACAAUGCGAACGACUUUUGGCAAGGCGGUGGAGGAGCAAGAGCGAGAGCAGAAGCAGAAGCCUCCGACCCAAUCCCAGACCACCACGGGACACAACAGCAAGGCCGGCCGCAAUGUAUACUUUGCUGUCGAUGCAUAUCAGAACGACGAGGAUGCCGAUAUCGACGAGGAUGAUGACUACGAUGAUGAGGAAGAGGAGGGGGAUCUGCGUGAGCAACGCAAGCAACCGCUGCCCUCCAUUGCCAAUGCCUACACCAGGAAGCAGCGACAGCAGCACCAGCGCUACAUUGUGCCGCGCUACCAGACUGCAGAUCCAGUUCCUCUGAAGCAGCAGGCCGAGAACUGGCGCUACCGCACUCAUCACUCGCAGGAGCAGCAGCCGGCAGCGGGCUAUCGCAAGUACCGUCCGCCCUUCAGCACCGGAGGCGGCGGUGGCCACCACGGCAACCAGCAGCGCAAUUACCUGGGCAGCUUCUCGCACAGCGGCGGUGCCGCUGGCUACAAGAUUGCACCGAUGAUGCAGCCACCGAUGCAGCCGCCACAGCAGCCGCCUCCGCGGCACAAUAGCGCCGGAAGCAGCGGCAGUGGCAGCGGCAGCGGUGGAUCCCCGCCAUCCGAUGAGCAGUCGACGAUCCGCAACUGGCGCCAGGAUUGCGUCUACGCCCGCAGCUACGGCAUGCAGCAACCGUCGGAGCAGCAGCAGCAGCGAUACAACCGCUCGACGGCCCAGCGGGCCCAGCAGCAGCCUCGCAUCGGCAGCGGUCGCUUUGCCCACCUGCAGGCGUCCCAGUUGAUGGAGGAGCUGCCGGACAUGCGAAUCGGCCUGUCGCCGCCCAGCGAGAGUGUCCUGCUCCAGCGGCGCCUGCGCCAGCAGCAGCGGGCCAACGAUCUGUCCGAGUACUGCGAGCCGGCCACCGCCAGUGGAUAGGUCGCUUUUGGACAGAUGACUCUGUUUUUCACGCACAUUCUCUGAAGAAAAAUCAAUUUUCCAGUUCUACGAUUCUUUUUGGUGCAACAUUUCAGGCACACACUUACAUUUCAAGCAAAAGUGUACGAAUACAAUUU